AUGGGGAAGGCUUCUUUAGCCCUGAUAUGGGGUCAUGUUCUGAUUAGUCUCGCCUCCAUCCUGACUUGUGAAGCAGUAAUUACGGGUGGAGGAAUUCUUGGGUGCAAGCCAUGUGCAAUAGACGAUUGCAAAAACGAAACAAACUGUCCUCUUGGUUUCAUUAUGGACGUCUGUAAUUGUUGUACCAAAUGUCUUCGGGUUAACGGUCAGACCUGUGGUGGCGUGGGUUAUGUCGUCGGUCGCUGCGCAAAGGGAUUAAAAUGCAAUUUAGCUGGUGCAUCUUAUCAGCAUCCUGUAGGAAUUUGCAUCUCAUUAAUCAAACCCACUUCUAAACCAGCUCAAAAACUCUUGAUAGACAAGCCUAUUAACGAUGGGGAAAAUUUUCCUCGACACGAUAUUCCAGGUAGCAUUCACCAAAAAGAGGGGAACGAUUUAUCAGGCGAUGAUACGAAAUAUUACGUUCACCCAAAUGGAAUAUGGAGUAUACACGCUGUUAAAAUUCAAGAUGGUAUUACAGCGAGUAAAGAAGAACCCGAUGCGAUGAAUUCAACACAAACUGACAAAACGCAUGAUCAGGCACUGCACAAGAAAUCUACCAAAGGUAUAGUAUAG